AUGCUUCCCACGUAUCAGCGAAUAGGCGGCACCAGCCAACCGUCGAAUCCGCUGCUCUCGGUGCGGCGCUCGUUUCGCUCGAGCGAAAAGUGUCUCAUCCUGCUGGUGCUGCUGACGUUCGGGUUCGUGUGUUUCGGUGGCUUUUUCUUCCUGCCGGAUAAUUUCGGCGCCGACCGGGUCCUCAAGGUGUACAAACAGUUCCAGAGGGCGGGGCCGGAGAUAUUCAUCCCACCACCGCCACCGGCGCACGGCAUGGACGGCGACGAGGACCUCCACAAGCAGAACGACCGCGAGAAGCUGCAGGAGAAAAUUCAGAAGGAACUGCCGGAUGACUUUCUGGAGAAGCCAGAUCUUGACGAGGGCCGCACCGGAGGGCCCGAAUUUGACAAUGCUCUUGAUUCGGGGGUGCCUGCGGGGGAUGCACCCGGUCCGGUAGCGGGCGGUCCGGAAGGGGUGGUAGCGCCACCGCAAAUUUUGGAGGAACCCGAUCUCAAGGGAGGCGCAUCGUCGUCGUCGAGGGGAUCAACGGCCGGCAGUGGCGCGUUCCAGACUUUCAAUACGUCCGUGGGAGAAGAUGCUGAUCCGGCGGUUCGCGAGAAGCGCAACAAAGUAAAAGAGUUGAACAAGACGUGUAUGAAGUUCGCGUGA